GAGAGGAGGCGGAAACCUCCAUCUGCCCUGCUCGGUGACCGACCCGUCAUCCUCAGGAACCGGGAGGAGACGGAUCAUCUCCUCGCUUCUCCUCCUUUUAUUCUCUCGACUUUACAUAACACUGGGUGCAGAAGGGAGAGUGGUUUCGGUGCAGGGCUGAUGUGAAGAAAUAAAAACAGCAGAUUUAAUGAGGAUGGGAUCUAUAGUCUAUAUAUAGGCUGUGCCCCGGACUGCACCACCACCAGAAGCAGCUCCACCGCCACCAGCUGCCCCCCAUGGUACCGGUCAACGAGAGGCAGCAACAGCUCGCUGUGAAGAGCAAAUCCUCCCUCUGCAAUCCCACUUCUCUUCUCUCCUCCACCAUGAUCUCCUCGCUUCCAUACGUUAGGAACCGCAGCUCUCUUAUUUUAGAAACACUGCCUUACUCCUUCUCUUUUUCCUCCUCCUCCUCCUCUCUUGCCCUUCUCUUUCUCUGAGUUUCGACUCUUGAUAUUUCUUUACUUUUUUUUUGUCAAACGCACACGAAUCCACGCUGUAAGAUGAAGCGUGGGUCGAGUGUGUUGCAGCCUCCCUCUGAUGCUGCCAAACGACACACACACCCCACACUCACAAAGACUCCCUCUGGUGAUGAUGCGUUCUCGCUGAGAGCGUCCGACGCGCAAGCGGAGAGCACGCUGGGCACGCGUGCCGCAGGUUCGAGUCCCUUCCCCUCAGCCACCUCUCUGUUCAGCCCUGAUGUCAGCACCAAGAUGGCGUCUGACCUCCUCAUCAGGCUUUCAGAGGCUACUCAGAAGGCCCAGUUGCAUCCUGGGAGUGGAGAGGAGGGGGAGCAACAGGAUGAACCUGGCGUCGCACUCUCACCCGAUGGCCCCGGGGCGAGUCCGGAGCCGCCAUCAUUGACGCACACCCCCGAGGGAAACGCCGUCACAGACACUCUGGCUUCAGACCUUCUCAGGAAACUAGCAGAGCGUCAGGAAGUGAGCGGCAGCAUUCUGAGACUCAAAGAGGAAGAGGAGCCACUGGAGGUCGACGCAAUGACCUCUAAUCAGCCAGAGGCCACGCAUUGUACCUCAAGGAUGACAAAACACCAUCUUUUCACCGUUAAAACAGAAAAGCAGGGCCUCAACAGGAAAAAGAAAGCUGAACAAUUGAACCCUGGAGCCAAAAUGGUGGACAAUUUUAACUUUGGUCUUAAAACAGAGGACGGAUGCACUGCCUUGAAAACAGCAGACUGCUUCAUCAAUCCUUCAAACAGUUGUCAGUUUCAGGUGAAAGUGGAGGAACUAACGGAGGACAAUCAGAUCCAUACCAGAGCCAAGAUGGAUGACCUUUCUCCCGUUAGAGCAAACGGUCCAGAGAAAUAUUUUUCUGAAGCCAAGCUGAACGACAAACUCUUCUGCGGUCUCAAGAAAGAGAACCAGUGUCCAUCGGGUGCCAUGAUGGAGAAUGGGCUUAUAUCUGGAACCAAGAUGGCUGCUCAGGUUUUCUCUGGAGCAAAAAUAGAGGAGCCGUUUCUCUUCGGGGCCAAGAUGGAGGACCAGUGCCUCAGGGCAGUUCUGUGGCAGGACAUGUCCGUCAACUUGGCCUCCACAUUGCUGCACCAGCUCUCCGAAAAGGUCAGUAAAUCCAGCUGUCAGCAGGUGGCAAAGAUGGCACCACCCAUCAGAAACAGUCCUGUCUUGAAGAACAAUAUAAACCAUGUCCCCUCCUCUCCACUUUUGACUCCCCAAGAAGCUCCUCAUGAAACUAAAAUCAACAUGUUUAGGGAUCAAACCACGGGUUCUUCGUACUUCUUCAGGUGUCACGUUUGCGGCUUUGAAACAGAAGGCCACGCCCUAUUUAAUAGUCACAUGACGGAACAUCGCCAAUGGGAACACAGCUCUUUCUCGCUACACUGCUGCAGGUGCGAGCACUCGACCAAUCAGGAGGCAGAGAUGAUGGCCCACGUUGACUCGCACAUACAGGGCGACACGGGAGAAAUUAGACGCCCGGUCACGCUUCCCCCCGCCUCCAGCAGAGCUCUGCCCAUCUCCCUGGCAACCCAGCCGGAGCAAAGCACCUCCGAGCACCGCUGCCGCAUCUGCCAGAGGUCGUUUCCCGAGCAACAGGAGCUCCUGGUCCACUUCCAGGGUCAUCGCCAAGGCAACCAGUACCGCUGCGACCGCUGCGGCCACCUGACGCGGACGGCCAACAAGCUGGUGGAACACGUGCGCGUGCACACGGGGGAGCGUCCGUUCACCUGCGGCCUCUGCCCUUACAGCGCCAAGCGGAGGGACAGUCUGCGGCUGCACUGCAAGGUGAAGCACGGCUCGCACGGCGCCGCCGACGUGCCCGGCGACGUGCACACGCACCGGACGUACGCCCAGCACGGGGACGGCCAGCGCUCGAACAAACACGUCCAGCGGCUUCACACGCCGGCCAGCUCUCACACUGCCUCCUCUCAUCAUCAUCCUCCCCCUGCUGUGCUGCUGCCUCUGCUCCCUGAGCGCGCCGGCUGGAGAGAUUUAUCUCCUCUCCUCCCCAUCACAACUCUCAUCUCCCUGAAACCUCGCUCCCCUUCAUCCUCCUCCUCCUCUACUCUGCCUUCUUCCAACAAACACUCCUUCCUGGGUUACCUCGGCCUUGCAUCCUUGUAAAUACUAUUUUCUCUUUACCUCCUUCCUCCUCUUCUAUCCGUCCUCUGGACUAUAAAGUGAUGGAUGUAAAGCUCUAUAAUGUAUCCAAGGUACUGUCACUCAGCACUACGUAUGAGAAUGUCAAACAGCUCCUGCUAUGCUCAGAGCUCUCACAUAGGAAACCUUUUCUAUUUAUUCGACUUUUGCAUCAUGCUUGUGAUUUUUGCUGCAUUCCUGCCUGCUUUAUUCCUUCAUAUAAUCACUUUAUUCUUAACUAGGUAACCGUGGGACAUAUUUAUUGCCUGUCUCUCCGUCCUCUGGAAAUCCUAAACUUAAAUAAUCCUAAAUUUAAAAUGUUUUUUUGUGUCAGUAAACUACAUUAAAGGGAGGAGGGGGGGUUCUUUUUCUGCAUGAAGAGAGGCACUGAAAAUUCAGGAGAGGGCAGAUACUUUAAAUUCAACAGGAGGAAAGAAACUUCAGUAGUCAAAUAUCCUCAUAAUGAAAUGAAUAUGAUUGUUAAUAUGAUUGUUAAUUAAUGAGAGCCUUAAUAAACCUGCGCAUAGGUAUAAACCUGUACCUAUAAAUAUAGGUCAAGCAGUGGGUCUUUAAAGUCGUAGGUUAAACUUCCGAAUUCUGAAUACUCCCGAGUGGUGCACGACUUUACACGAGUGAAUAAAGUGAAUGUGAUUGGUCGUUUAACAAGAGGGCGGGAUUGUUGUGGCGGAAGGUUCCAAAGCAAGAUUGGUUGUGGCCCGUUUGUCGGAAGCAUCUUGCUAACCAGUUAGCAACUUAGUGCUAGUAGGUUUCCAAAGGGAAAUUA